UGUUGAACGAUUGGACGUUGCGGAAAUGGCCGAUCGUUCAAGGUCGAACGAUCCCCGCGGUGUCAGGAACCAACGCUGGGGUCGGCACGACACGAACCUGCCGUAUGCCGUUCCCUGAGAUCCGGCUUGGUGACAAGAGCAGCAGCACAUGGGAAAUCACGGCCAGAGCCCCAGAGUCCAUCUCUGCCCUGCAUGUUUCGAGCCAGGUCGAUCUGUGGGCCCGGAAACUCGGCGAAAACGCCCGGUGUGAAACAGCUGCGACGUUCGGACUUCGGGGCAUGCUGGAAGGAGGUGCAGGAGGCGGCCAGCUUUCUCGCGGGUGCGCACCAGGAGUCGUUGCCCCGCGAGUUCCAGCCCAGUGAGGCGGCCAUCAUGAUCUGGGCCUGGGGCAAGUUGCGGUUUCGGCGCGACGCGUUGUUGCAUGCCGUGUGUGCUGACAUGCCAGAGCAGGUGCCCAGGUUCAAGGCUCGCGACGUCUCCAACAUGGUCUAUGGACUGGCUCUCUUGGACGUGCAGGUUCCCGCCCUCUUUGCGGCGGUGUGUGAGCAAGUCCCUGAGAGACUGAUGGAAUUCAACAGGCAAGAGUUGACGAAUGUUGUCUACGCUUUCGGGCGGUUGCGAUUCAGGAGAGACCAUUUCUUACAGGCUGCGUGCGAGCGCCUUGCAGCACAGUUUGACAACAUGAAUGAACAAGAGUUCUCCAUAACAAUCUACGCCCUGGGACUGCUAGAGUACAGGCAAGACGACUUCUUGACUCCGCUGUGCCAGCAUAUAGCGCCCCGACUGAACGAGUUCAAGCCCCAGGGAUUGUCAAACGUGGUUUACGCCCUGGGUUUGCUGCGCUUCAGGAGCGACCCGCUCCUCGACGCCAUGUGCUCUGAGACUGCAUCCCGGCUCGGCGAUUUCCAGCCUCAGGGCAUCUCGCUGAUUGUGUACAGCAUGGGGCUCGUGGGCUUCCACAGCGGCCCCUUCCUGCAGGCGGCGUGCGACCACGUGGCAGGCCAGCUCGAGGAUUUCCUCGCGCAGAACAUCUCCAAUACCCUCUACGGGCUCGCGCUCGUGGGCUUCCGGCACGAGCCCCUGCUCCGCGCCCUGGCGGAGCACGUGCCGGCAAGGCUGCGCGAGUUCAAGCCGCAGGAGCUCUCGAACCUGCUCUACGCCCUCGGCCUGCUGGGCUGCGCAGACGCCAGGCUGCUGCGGGCGCUCUGCGAGCACGCCCCCGCGCGGCUGGGCGAGUUCAGCGACGUCUCCAAUUCCGUCUACGCGCUUGGCCUGCUGGGCUUCCGCCACGCAGGCUUCAUGCAGGCCGUGUGCGUUCAUGUUCCCGACAGGCUGUCGGGCUUCUCGGCGCAGGGCAUCGCCAACAUGCUGCACGCGCUGGGGCUGCUGUACUUCCGCCACGCGGCCUUCCUCGGGGCGGUGUGCGCGCACAUCCCCGCCAGGCUCCAGGAGUUCAACGAGACGUGUCGAAUUCGUUCUUGGCCUUGGCCCGGCUACACUUCCGGCACCAGGGGCUGGUGCGGGCAGUGUGCGACCAGGCCCGCACGAGUCUUGAGGACAAACGGGUCCCGAGGGAAUUCGAUAUCGUUUAAACGAUCCCCCAUCCCCAUCCUCAUCCCCUUCGAGACCCCACCAGAUUACCACCCCAGUUGGGGACACCCCUCGAAACCCGAAGGGGACGGCCUGUAUCCCCAUCUAGGGGGGUACAUCGGCCAGUGGGGCCCUGGCCACGCCGCUGGGGAUGUGGGUCGGAUAAGCGAUGCUCAGGAACGAGUUCUGAACAAACAUUAACUUUCGGAGCUCGGCGUGGACUUCUUGGCUCUGCGUCGGCCCCCCCCCGCUGGAGGCGCCUCUGGCGCCGCCCCUGCGCGCUCCGCGCGCCGGGAGUGGGCCCAGUGCGGGUCCAAGGGAUCCGCGCGGACCUCCAAUAAUGAAAUGUAAGUCGGACCUGUCACUCUACAGGAGG